AUGAAAACCAAACUACUUUUUUCGUUAUUAACCGCUGGUGCCGCGACUGCCGCCCAUGUUCAGGGUGUUCUAAAUGAUUUUGCUUCGCUUGUCGAUUCUGUGGAAAAAUUCGGGCUACCGGCGCAGGCGGCCUCGUUGAUACCGGAGAAUAUGAGACAAUUAUGGAAGGAUCUUCCUAGCUGGCUUCCAGAUGGCCAGCCUAAGUUGCAGUUCUUUUCAGAGCCUAAAGCUAAGGUCAGAAAGCAUGACAAGUGGGACUUCCGCGAAUCUUCAGAAAAAUUAGGUAACUAUCUAUUGAGAGGUAAAAAAAUUACGAAUCCAGCUGUUUUGGGGGUUGAUUCAAAAGUAAAACAAUAUUCGGGAUACUUGGAUGUUGAGGAACAAGACAAGCACUUUUUCUUCUGGUUUUUUGAGUCUAGAAACGAUCCAAAGACAGACCCAGUUAUUCUAUGGUUGAAUGGUGGACCUGGUUGCUCAUCGUUGACAGGCUUGUUCUUCGAAUUGGGUCCAUCCUCUGUCGAUUCUAACCUCAAGCUAGUCAAAAACCCAUACUCAUGGAACAACAACGCUUCCGUGAUCUUUUUGGACCAGCCUGUUAACGUUGGUUACUCCUACUCCACUUCUGGUGUUUCUAGCACCCGUGCUGCCGGUAAGGAUGUAUAUGCCUUCUUGCAGUUGUUCUUUGAAAAGUUCCCAGAGUACCAAAGCGGUCAAAAGUUCCACAUUGCAGGUGAAUCUUAUGCUGGUCAUUACAUUCCUGUAUUUGCGUCCGAAAUUCUAUCUCACCCAGAAAGUGAACGUUCUUUUAACUUAAGCUCCGUUAUGAUUGGAAAUGGCCUAACUGAUCCUUUAACACAAUAUAGCUAUUACGAGCCAAUGGCGUGUGGAAGAGGUGGCGCACCUUCAGUUUUGAGCGAGGACCAAUGUAAGUCCAUGAAUGAUACUUUACCACGUUGUUUAACUUUGAUUCAGUCUUGUUAUACUACAAGGAGUGUCUGGACAUGUGUUCCCGCCUCUAUCUACUGUAACGGUGCUCAGUUAGUUCCAUUCCAAAGAACGGGUACAAACGUUUACGAUGUUAGAAAGGAAUGUCAUGGCCAACUUUGUUAUGAUGACUUACAAUACAUGAGUGAUUACUUGAACAUGCCUGAGGUAAUGGAAGCUGUUGGUGCCGAAGUUGAUUACUUUGAGGGUUGUAACACAGAUAUCAACAGGAACUUUUUGUUAGCCGGUGAUUGGAUGAAGCCAUACCAUGAAUACGUCACUGCAUUGUUGGACGAGGGCUUGCCAGUCCUUUUGUACGCUGGUGACAAGGACUUUAUCUGCAACUGGUUGGGUAAUCACGCGUGGUCGGACGCGUUGCCAUGGAGGUACACUGCAGAAUAUGCCUCUCAGCCAUUACAGGACUGGUCUCCUGAUGGUGAGAAGGCCGGAGAGGUCAAGAACUACAAGCACUUCACUUUCUUGAGAAUUUACGAUGGAGGCCAUAUGGUUCCAUACGACCAACCUAGGCACUCUUUAUCCAUGUUAAAUGCUUGGUUGAGCGGUGAUUAUGCUUUGAAGUCUUGA